UGUGUUAUGUUUCCGUAAUGUGUUCCAUAAUUAAUGCGUGAAGACAGUUAUUUCAUCCGCUUUUAACGCUCGUCAGAUAGUUGAAUGAGGCGACCGACGGAGCUUGCGUGUGGCGAGAAAAGCCGCUCGACAGAAACGCGACCGCUAGUGUUUAUUCACUGAAGCGUAAACAAACCAGAACAGCUGCCGCCGUGUUGUGUUCUUUGAAAGUGGGUCCACUGGAUCUCAUUCAUUUGCGAGUGUCAUGCGAGCGUUGGCCAGGAGCUAGGCGAUGGACCUCAAGGCAAUCCUGAGAGAAACUGUCGGCGUUCGACAGAGUCACGUAAGAACUGUCGGAGCCGAUAGAGCAACUUGCCUCGUGCACAAGGAAUGGCUAAACCUUCUGGUGAAGGAGAAGACGGUGCCACGCUCGUUCGUGCACCAGGACGACCUGACUGACGUAGAAUGCGAGAUUCUGGUGCACGAGACUCCUCCAACCAUGGCCAAAGACUUUGCCUUCGUUACCGUGAUCAGAAUCGUCAAGAUGGACAACAGAUAUGUGUCUCUUCGCUUGAAAGAGCCCUGGAGUCGGUCACAUGACAUGGGUUACUUGGAGCUCAUCCGGUACGUCUCGGAGACCAACUAUCGCAACAUCUGGAAGGAGGCGAACAGUUCCAGCUCCAAGACCGCCGACAAAGAGAAUGAAAACUUUGUCAAGCUCAAACCGUUCAAGGAUUACAACAGUGCCGUUCGGGAAAUCAUCAGUCGUCUCUAUGCCUGUCCAAUAAUAUGUGUCGAAGGGGGGGAACAACAUGAAAAUCCGGAAGGGGCCGAGCCAGCUCCUCUGCACCCGCACCUCGUUCCCGCUUACUGUGCCCUCGAGACGGCAUCUGAGUUUCUCCUGUUCCUGGAGUUCCGGCAGCACACUGUCGAGCACUGUGGCAUGUUCAGCGCAUCCGCGCUCGUCGGCUCGCGGCUGCUCUUUGUGGUGUACCAGCUGCUGCGAGUGUUGCGCUACGUCCACGAUCUAGGCCUGCCCCUUGGACCAUUGACGCUCACGGACUUGAGUCUGGACCACCGCUUCUGGCUGCAAGCGACGCCGCCCUGGUGGCUGGCUCUGCAAGCUGACUCGUGGGUAGAGUCUUCACUGACCGGCCAGCUGCCCGCCAUGAGGAGCUCGGGCUCACGCCGGGUGUCUCGCAUUACGCCCUCGGUGUGCGUCCAGGAGGAAGAGAAGGUCGAACCCCUCCCGCCGCUCAACAAGCUCGUCGACAUGUGGGUCCGGGGCAAGCUCAGUAACUUCGACUACCUCAUGGCACUCAACCAGUUGUGUGGCCGGACCGGCGUGAAUCCCCAGCACCACCCCGUGCUGCCCUGGGUGCGAGACUUGUCACAACCCGAGGGUGGCUGGCGGGACCUGAGCAAGUCCAAGCUGCGGCUAACGAGGGGCGACGACCAUCUAGAUGCAACCUACGGUUCGGCCAUGCACUCGCAGUCAGCCCAGCCUCAGGGCUACCUUCCCAUAGACCGAGUGGUUCAGGUGCCACAUCAUUUGUCUGAACUGCUUGCGGACAUCACGUACUACGUGUACUUUGCGAGGCGUCUGCCUCGGAGUAUCCUCUGCAAGCAUGUCCGGCACAAGUGGGUUCCUGCCGAAUACCCGGCAUCCAUACAACGGCUGCAGGAGUGGACGGUAGACGAGUGCAUCCCGGAGUUCUUCACAGACCCGUCCAUCUUUGAGUCCAUCCACGAUGACCUGGAAGACCUCGGAGUGCCCAGCUGGUGCUCAAGUCCUGAAGACUUUGUACGGAAACACAUGGCCAUGCUUGAAAGCGAGCGUGUCUCCGAGCACCUUCAUCACUGGAUUGACAUCACUUUCGGCUACAAGCUUACGGGACAGGCAGCCAUUAAAAGCAAGAACGUGUGCCGGCCCCUGGUGGACGGCCACACAACGCUGCACAGCUGCGGCAUGGUCCAGCUCUUCACAACACCGCACCCGCACCGGGCGGCGUCCAGCCUCUACCUGUCGCGCUGCUCCGCACCCAAGACAUUUCGUUUCCAGCAUAGCAGCGCCGCCACAGCACUGGGGUCUCCCCAAACACGGGUAAGGGCAAAGUGCUUCUUUCUUUUCUACUACUACUACUGA